CUUUUCAGGAUUCCUUAAUUAUUUCUGUAUCAAUGUGGGUGAACUACAUAAUUAUGUAUAUAACUACAAAAACCCUCAACGACAGCACUCAUUCAUCAAACAAUACCAUCCUAGAAACAAUUAAGAGUUUGAUAACAUUUACAAUCAAAAUGGCAGCAAUGAAGUUCAUCGUAAUUUUUGUUUUCACCUUCUUCUUGGGCUUGAGUAUGGCUCAAGUUAAUUUCACCCCCAACUGGGGUAAGAGAUCUGGAACCGAUGACAACAACUGCGAUGUGAACAUGGAAUUGGUCAAAGUUAUCUACAACCUGUUGAACAGCGAGGCCAAAAGGCUGGUGAAGUGCGGCAGAAUUUAAGACUAAAUAUUUUUUGUGCUGUAUAGAUUGAACAUCAUGUAAGUUUUUAAAGAAAUAAAUAUGUUAUUUAUUAAUUGAAGUAAA